AUGUCGAUGAGACGUCCGCUCCCGGAUAAAUUUUCGUGUGGUGCGAAACUCGAUAAGAGAUUUGUGGCUGGUGAACGUGUUUACAAGUUCGAUAAUGUUAGUAGUGUUUUGCUGUUUCGCCUUCGGAUUAAUAAUUCUUGUGAGUAUUCAUUUCACUCGUCUCAGAUCAUAGAGGUUCACUCAUUUACGUAUAUAUGCGUGUCUGGAAAUCGUAAUUUGAUAGUUGCUGCAAAUUUGUUCAGAUGCUAA